AUGUCGGGGGGUCCGGCGGUACAGAUCAGCAUCGAGUCCUCGGCGGAGAAGCAGGUGCAGGAGGUGGGCCUGGAUGGCUCCGAGACCUAUGUACAGCCGCUGUCCAUGUCCCAGAACCUGGCCCGCCUAGCCCAGCGCAUAGACUUCCAGCAGGAGUCCGAGGAGGAGGAAGACGAGGUGGCCGGGCCCCGGGAGAAUGACUGGGGGGAGCAUGAGGACGAGGAGGGUUUGAUCAAGUUCCAGCCAUCGCUGUGGCCCUGGGACUCCGUAAGAAACCAUCUGCGUGGAACCCUGACUGAGAUGUGUGUAUUGUAUGAUGUGCUGACCAUAGUGAAGGACAAGAGGUACAUGCACCUGGACCCGGUCUCCCAGGAAGCUCUCACCCCUAAGCAGAAUCAGCACAGCCUUUUACUGGUUUCCAAGAGGAAAUCCCUCUUUGGGGCAGCACAGAUCCUCAUUAAAGGAGCCGAGCGUCUGUCCAAGUCUGUAGCAGAGAACCAGGAGAACAAGCGCCAGCGAGACUUUAAUUCUGAACUGCUGAGGUUACGGCAGCAUUGGAAGCUGAGGAAGCUGGGAGACAAAAUCCUGGGAGACCUGAGCUACAGGAGUGCAGGCUCGCUCUUUCCUCAUCAUGGAACAUUUGAAGUUAUAAAGAAUACGGACAUUGAUCUGGAUAAGAAAACCCCUGAGGACUACUGUCCACUGGAUGUCCAUAUCCCCAGUGAUUUGGAAGGCUCUGCUUAUUUAAAGGUUUCCAUUCAGAAGCAAUCACCGGACAUUGGUGACCUGGGCACAGUGAAUUUGUUCAGACGUCCUAUACCUAAAGCAAAACCAGGGACUCCACAUUGGCAGACGAAGCUGGAAGCUGCACAGAAUGUUCUCCUUUGUAAAGAAAUAUUUGCACAGUUGUCUCGUGAAGCCGUUCAAAUCAAAUCCCAAAUCCCUCACAUUGUCGUCAAGAACCAAAUUAUCUCCCAGCCAUUUCCUGGACUCCAGCUGUCCAUCUCCUUUUGCCAUUCAACAAAUGACAAGAAGUCUCAGAAAUUAUCUUCUGAAAAGACAAGUCCUGAAGAUAACCUUUACGUCCUCGAACACAACUUGCAUCAGCUCAUUAGAGAGUUUCACAAACAAACUUUAAGUAAUAUUGUGAUGCCACAUCCGGCCAGCGCUCCAUUUGGACACAAGAGGAUGCGUCUUGCCGGUCCCCAAGCCUUCGAUAAGAAUGAAAUAAACGCCAUGCAGCAGAGCGAGGGACUGCUGGAGAAAAUAAUCAAACAAGCAAAACACAUUUUUCUCAGACGCAGAACUGCACGCACAAUCGAUAGCCUGGCCAGCAGAAUUGAGGAUCCUCAGAUACAAGCUCACUGGUCAAGUAUCAACGAUGUGUACGAGUCCAGUGUGAAAGUCCUGAUAACAUCCCAAGGUUAUGAACAGAUAUGCAAGUCCAUUCAGUUGCAGCUGAACAUUGGGGUGGAUCAGAUCAGAGUUGUACACAGAGAUGGGAGGGUCAUCACACUGUCUCAUCAAGAACAAGAGCUACAAGACUUCCUCCUCUCACAGAUGUCUCAGCACCAGGUCCUUGCUGUCCAGCAGCUGGCCAAAGUGAUGGGAUGGCAUGUGCUAAGCUUUAGUAACCACGUCGGCUUGGGGCCAGUAGAGAGCAUUGGGAACGCCUCAUCUAUAACAGUGGCCUCCCCUAAUGGAGAUUAUUCUGUUUCAGUGCGAAAUGGGCCUGAGAGCGGCUGCAAGGUGAUGGUUCAGUUUCCCCGCUGUCAGUCUAAGGAGCUCCCGAAGAGUGACAUGUUACAGGAUAACAAGUGGCAAUACCUACGUGGACCUUUUAAAGAAGUUCAGUGGAACAAAAUGGAGGGCCGGAAUUUUGUCUAUAAGAUGGAAUUGCUAAUGGCAGCCCUAACGCCAUGCUAG